AGUCAGCCAGAGCGUUUUUUGACAGUGGAGUUCGAUUUUAGUUUAGUGCAGUGAGUGCGUGGAUAUAGUUCUGUUUUCAGAUAUCAUUUCUGAACCUGUAAAUACUCCUUUUUAAAACAGACAAAAAGAAGAACAAAUAAUACAAUCAAAAUGGCAGAUGCAGAACAUCCAAUCUACGGACCAUUCUUCGGAGUUAUGGGAGCAGCCUCGGCUAUCAUUUUCAGCGCCCUCGGAGCUGCCUAUGGAACAGCCAAGUCAGGCACUGGAAUUGCUGCUAUGUCAGUGAUGCGACCGGAAUUGAUCAUGAAAUCCAUCAUUCCAGUCGUCAUGGCGGGUAUCAUUGCCAUUUACGGUUUGGUCGUUGCUGUACUCAUCGCUGGUGCUUUAGAUGAGCCAAAGAACUAUCCAUUGUACAAAGGUUUCAUCCAUCUCGGAGCUGGUUUGGCAGUCGGUUUCUCUGGUUUGGCGGCCGGUUUCGCCAUCGGUAUCGUUGGUGACGCCGGUGUCCGUGGUACGGCCCAGCAGCCACGUCUGUUCGUCGGUAUGAUUUUGAUCCUUAUUUUCGCUGAAGUAUUGGGUCUGUACGGUCUUAUCGUCGCCAUCUAUCUCUACACUAAAUAAACGAACACCAAAAAAGAAGAGAGAGAGAGGAGAGGAAAAAAAAACAUUUUACCAUCGCAUCAUCCCCAACAUCUAUUUUCGUGUACAAGUUUUUUUUUGGUUAACUUAAACCACACCACUAUACCAUCUAACUAUCUAAUAUAUAUACAACAAGCAUAAUUUUUGUGGAUCCCAAGCAACAAAGAAUUAAGAGCGGGAAAUUGUUAAUUAAUUUUGAAAACUAAGAGUAACUACUACAGUGAUGGGACAAAGGACAUUCUGUUUAAUUGGAUCCAUCGUUGUCUAAUCGUAAAGAAAAGUGAAAUAGAAAAAAGUCAAAAAGUCAAUCAGAGAAUCAUGUUUUUAUGUUAAUUAAUAAGAUCUAUGUAUGAAUGUGUAUAUAUUAAUCUUCCAUCAUGUCGCCAUAUUGUCGAUGUGAAAAACAAAACAAAAAUUCUUUUUUUUUAUUUAUAAUUUUGUGACAAACCACACACACAAAUAUACCCGGCAGCCCAUAUGUCUCAUCGCAAUGGAAGGGUUUUUUUUAAAGAAAAAGAAGAAGAAAAAACAUUUUUUGUUUCGACAAAUUUUUUGCGUUUUCAUUUCCGUAUUUUGUUGUUGUUUUUGUGUUUAAACAAAUUAAAAAUUCUUUGUAGCAUUAACACCUCAGUGAAGAAGAUUGUCCUUCCACACUUAAUUUGCUUGUUGAAAGAUUUAUGUGACUGAAAAAGAAUUACCCGUACGCCAAUCCACUCAUUUAAAAAUAUCAACCAACACACACACACACACACACAACAAAUCAACCACUUAGUUAACUCUGCGUCAACAAUAAACAUUAUCGAUAAAAGAAACGAAGAAAACAAACCAGAAAUCAGUUUAAAAAAAUUGAACAAAAACAGUAACACACGUACAAUAUUACAUUCAUAAUGGUCUCACACCGAAUCGGUACAAUUCAUUUGAAUCACAAACCGAUGAACUGUUCUGCUUACCAUUCAUGAUGACAAUUAUUUCUUUAGUUCAUUUUUUUUUCUCGAACACAAAAUGAAUUCGUUUUCUCGAUUAAAACAUUUCGCUAUCCGGAUCACACGCAAUGGAGCAAUUUAAAUCGUCGGGAAACAAUUUUCGAAUCGUUUCGAUGCGGUCGAGAUGCUGGAUCGCGGAGAUGCGGUUCCCACGUUUCGUAACGGUUUUAUAUUAUUUUGUUGGUAACGUUGCGAUCCAAUAGAUAAAUGAAUUUUUUUCUGUUCCCCCCAAGUGUUUGAGUCAUCCGAUUUCGUUUUCCCUCCCAUUUAAUUUUCGUUUCGUCCCCUUUUUCGGAUGAUUUCUGGACUUAAUAAUAACAUCUCCCCCGAAAAGUAUAAUGAACAUUUUUUAGAUAGUUGAGCUCGUUUUUGAGUGCAAUUGAAUUAUUUUAGACAGAGAUGCAAGUUUAAAACGAAAAGAAAAUGAUCACUACGACGUGCUAAAUUUAGAAGACAAAAGUAAAAAAAAAGAAACAAAAUUGUGAGAUUGAUUUUGAAUUCCUUUUUUUGAUUUCUUAAUCUCUUAACGGAAAUUGUAUCCACUGACGGACAAUAACAAAAAAAAGACAGAGAAAUGAGAGAGAGAGAAAAGCCAUGAAAAAUUGUUAUGAUUUUUUCAUCCGAAGGAGAAAAAAGUAAAAUUAAAAAUCAAAUCUUCAUAAGCGCAUAUCCUGUUUUGCUUUUAAAUAAAACAAAAAAAAACUUAUUGUUGUUGAACAUUUCUUAAUUUUUUUCCCACAAUGAAUCCCAACCAACCCACACUCACACCAAAUGUGCGUGCCGGGCCAAGCCGUUUCAUUGUGGAAUCCGUUUUUAAUAAUUUUUUUUUGUUUGUUUCCAAUUUUAGUUUUGAUUUUUCGUGAUUAUUUGUAUGAUUUGUUAAUUUUAGUUUAAUUUUCUUUAGACAUUAAGGUACGAAUUAACUUAAUUCAAAUUUGUCUGUACAGUUUUUAGCGGUAGAAACGGAAAAGUUUAUAUUUAACAAACAAACUAAAAAAAAUUUACAGAAAAAAAAUCAUUUUUUUUGGAAGAUUUUUUUUGCGUUGUUGCAAAACAAUUUGAUGAAAAUGGUGAGAGAGAUAGAGAUGAAGAUACGUUCCACAGACUAGUUCCACCGGGACGUUUUCUUUUCUUUUCUCUAGAGAUUGAAAGAUACGUUCCACAGACUAGUUCCAUCGGGACGUUUUCAGUCUUCUCUUGACAAAAAACACAAAAAUCUUUUCAGUUUUUUGUGCUCUAUCCAUUUUUAUUCUAUCGUUUCGCUUCAACAAAGAAUCAUUGUACGAAUAUUUGUUUCAAAAAAAAGAAACAAAACAUAACCUCAAUCUUCAACCAUCCGAAUGAUUUUUCAACAAAAAAAAACGUUUCUUUGGGUCAUUUCAAAUUUUUCGUUUUAAUUUGACAUAAAAGGCUUUGCAUUUGCAUCUCAUGUAUACCGAAAAUGACAUCUUGUUCGUAUGUAUAUGAGAGAUGAGCUUUCCAAUCAGGCUUUUGAAUCAGAAAAAAAAGAGUAGCAGCAGCAGUAACAUCAGCGCGCAACAUAUUUGCAAUUCAAUCCUUGUAAAUAUUCAGCAAAAAAAAAUGUUUUUUUGUUGUUUUUAGUCAAUCCUCAUGGACAUAAAAAAUCUUAAUUUUUUUUGGUGACAAAUAAACAUAAUGUAAGCCGCAGUGUAAUUAAAAACAACAAAUUAUAUAAUUAAUUAAGAUCAAAGACCAUUUUAAAAGUAAAACAACAA